UUAAAAUUCACAUUUGUUCUGGGAAGCAGAAUCAGCCUUCUCUGGAAGAUACCAACCAUUUCAUUGGAGCAUUUUAAACUCAAGCUUAGGGUCAAGAGAAAACAUUUGCUUCCUGGCUCUUGGCUGGGUAACCAUGAUCUCUGUGGGGUUAGUGUUACAAAAUACAACAAUGACUCCAGUACUUGUCUCACAGGGUUGGGAGGAGAAUCUAGCCAGAUGAUAAGAUGUGGGAGAAACUUCAUGACCUUUAGAAGCCCCAGAUCUUGUUUGGGAGUUUGGGUUUCAUAAGAUUAUUCAAGUACAAAUUCAAGAACAAUGAGAUAUUUCUCUUAAUAUUGUUACCAAAUUCCUGACUGUGAUUGAGAGAUGAUCCUGGGCUCUUGAUCUCAUCCCUUCUGGACAUUUCUUCCAAGGAUUUGUGUAGGGGCCAGAAGAUUUUCUGCAGAAGAAUUAACUUUGUUAAGGUCAGAGGUUUAUCCCCAGGUCAGGCAACUUUGGAGGGAUUUUUUCCCCACAGUAAUUCUGAAAGACUAUCUACCAAAUCAUAGAGCAAUUGCAAACUCUCAGUAGAGGGACUACUUGAAUUUAGGAAACUACAGAUCCCUAAAGCCCUGAAGUAUCUAGUAUAAUUAGAGACACCCAUGCUGGACUUGGGAAGACCAGAGUUUAUUUCCCUCCUUCAAUACUUUUCUCUUUGUGACCUGUCCUCCUAGCCUCAUCUUCCUUACCUAUAAAACGGGGUUAAUAAUGGUACCCACCUGACAGGGUUGUUGAAAAGAUUAAAUAACACAUAAGGUGUUUUACAAACCUACAAGUGCCAACUAGAUGAACUCCAGGUAUUAUUAUUAGGCUUAAAAAUAAUAGCUCCCAUUUAAAUAGUUCCUUUAAAUAGUGCCUUCUUCACAACAGUCCUAGAAGGUUAGGGUUAGCUUAUUUUUAUCCCUAUAUCGCAGAUGAGGAAGCUGAGCUUCAGAAAGGAUGAUUGACUGCCACAAAUCAGGAGCUUGGUAAGACGCAAUCAAGAGUCAAUUCAGUUCUCCUGAUUCCAAUUCUAGUGCUGGACUUCAGGGCUAUUCUGCCGUGAACACAGGGGAACUUCAUCCCCCUGUAACUGAUUGGGUGGCAAUUAGAGAAAGAUGUGGUCAAUAGUAGCAAUGAGGAUGCCCAAGACUGGAAGGGGAUGAGAGGAAUAAGGUGUAGGAGAGAUAUUGGGGAGACUAGGAUUCUCCUGGCAGUGGGAACACAGAUGAUUUAGAUAAUCUCAUUAAACCCUUAAAAGGAAAUCCACACCAACCAAGGGUGGUUGCAGGAGCGGAGAGGAAAAAGCCAUUACUAACUGGGAAAAGACCAAGUUCUUUGUAAUGAGAUAAGUUAGAGCCCUAGCGUUUGGGGAAAAAUCAUCAAGUAGUACUUUUAAUUUUAUAGUAAUAUGAUUUUUAAUAUAAUAGAAAUUUAAUUUUAUAAUAAAAUACCUCUUAAAACGGAAUACAGAAGGGAUGCUAGAGAAUUUCUAGUACAACUCCUUCAUUUUAUAGUUAAGAAAAUAGAAGUUUCACUUGACUAAAGUUGUAAGGUGGAUUAAUAGCCAGAGUACUGUCUAUACAACUUGGGCAGAACUCAUUUCCAAACUGGAUAUUCCUUCAAACACAAGUGAGCAGGACCACCAAAACACCCAGGAAGAAGAGGACUCGGAAAACUCCUCUAAAGAAUCAACUUCCAGCAUGGCUAGUCCUCCAAAAGGAGACCAAAAAACCAAUGACCAAGAGCACCAAGAGGCCCAGGGGGAAGAUUCAGAAGACUCCUCCAAAGAACCAACUUCCAGGAUGGCUAGUCCUCCAAAAGGAGACCAAAAAACCAAUGACCAAGAGGCCCAGGAAGAAGAUUCAGAAGACUCCUCCAAAGAACCAACUUCCAGGAUGGCUAGUCCUCCAAAAGGAGACCAAAAAACCAAUGACCAAGAGGCCCAGGAAGAAGAUUCAGAAGACUCCUCCAAAGAAUCAACUUCCAGCAUGGCUAGUCCUCCAAAAGGAGACCAAAACACCAGUGACCAAGAGGCCCAGGAGGAAGAUUCAGAAGACUCCUCCAAAGAAUCAACUUCCAGCAUGGCUAGUCCUCCAAAAGGAGACCAAAAAACCAGUGACCAAGAGGCCCAGGAGGAAGAUUCAGAAGACUCCUCCAAAGAAUCAACUUCCAGCAUGGCUAGUCCUCCAAAAGGAGACCAAAAAACCAGUGACCAAGAGGCCCAGGAGGAAGAUUCAGAAGACUCCUCCAAAGAAUCAACUUCCAGCAUGGCUAGUCCUCCAAAAGGAGACCAAAAAACCAGUGACCAAGAGGCCCAGGAGGAAGAUUCAGAAGACUCCUCCAAAGAAUCAACUUCCAGCAUGGCUAGUUCUCCAAAAGGAGACCAAAAAACCAGUGACCAAGAGGCCCAGGAGGAAGAUUCAGAAGACUCCUCCAAAGAAUCAACUUCCAGCAUGGCUAGUUCUCCAAAAGGAGACCAAAAAACCAGUGACCAAGAGGCCCAGGAGGAAGAUUCAGAAGACUCCUCCAAAGAAUCAACUUCCAGCAUGGCUAGUCCUCCAAAAGGAGACCAAAAAACCAGUGACCAAGAGGCCCAGGAGGAAGAUUCAGAAGACUCCUCCAAAGAAUCAACUUCCAGCAUGGCUAGUCCUCCAAAAGGAGACCAAAAAGCCAAUGACCAGGAGUACCAAAAGGCCAAGGAAUUAGAGGAUUUGCAAGACUUCUCAAAAAAGCCAAUUUCCAAGAUGAGAAGUCCUCCUAAAAAUGACCAAAAAAACAAUGACCAGAAGGCCCAAGACGUAGAGAUUUCAGAAGACUUCUCAACAGUUUCAGCAGCCAAGCUUCCACUUUCCAGAUCUGACAGCACCACCAAGAGGACCUUUGACUCCUUGUCACCAAAGGCAGAAGUGCCACCAAUUUCCUGGAAGGUCAGACCAGUUGCUCCAGCUGCUCCAUCUCGAAAACCUGUUCCAGAAAGCGUCAAACCCAAACGAGCUCAAAAGAGUUUUCUGCAAAGACAUCCGGUGGCGACCUCUUCCAUUUUAAUUCAGCUACCCCUGCCCAGGAAAUGGAGUAGAUUCUUCUCUGUCCAGGCCCAGAGAAGCGCCCACCCAAGGGUCCGUGAAUGCCAAAGGCAGGAGCCCCCGACUUCACCCCCUCUGGCGGCAAGACUAGCCAUGAACUUAGUGAGAGCCAGACACUAUCUCUACCACACGACCAGGAAGCCCCGAGUGCUCGUCAAUGCUCCGAGGCAGCGGAGGGAGAAUGCUUGUCCUUACUGUGGAAGGGUCUUGUGGCCCCACUUGUGCUUCUUCACAAGGAUGAUGUCCUAUGUAAAUGUUCUGGAGAAGAAGCUCCGCUACUACGCCAUUCGACGCCAUUUUCAUGUCCUGGACAGACACGUCCCGAACAGCCUCUGCCUCCGUAGCCAGAAGAAGCGGGGGGGCCUGCCUGGAAGCCAAGCGCCGAUGAAAGCCCCUGCGGCCCGUCCCUUAGAACAGAGAACCAAUUCAAGCAGGCAGUGCCAGGAGACUAGGAAUGAGGCAAGAGGAGGGAGACCCCUGUACACUUUCGAGUUCAGCUCCAAUGGCGCCGAGGGCCCUUUCUGUUGUCCCUUUUGCUCCGUAGCCUGCGGUAGGUUACCAGACUUCUAUGCCCACCUGAAAACGCAUCCCAAUGCCAAAGUUGCCGUCCUGUCUAAUGAGUCCAAUGGUUUUCAGUGCCCUUAUUGUGGGCAGAGCUUUGGGACUUUAGAAGGGGUCCUGAUGCAUCAGUGCCCCCGCCAGUGACUCAGGGCUGGUAUAGUCAUUGUUGAUAGAUUUAAUUUUUGUGAAACUAGUUUGCCUAGAGAGUGGGAGGAGGCAUGUUCUCAUAGGGGGUUCCGCUUUCAAUAACACAGUGAUAAAGGGGCCUUUGUUUAUAAUAUAUUAAGUUAGGUCAGGGGCAUGGGGGUAACAUGUGAGAGACUGGUAGGAAUUAGAAAAGAGCAUAAUAAAAUGGGGAAGCCUCGGGAGGAUCCCCAGCUAACCCCUGGGAACAAUGGGUGCCAGUGCUUGGGCCCGCUAUCUAGCUUGUCUCUCUAAAACUGAGUAAUAAGUCAGGCUUUUAAUCUACACGGGGCAAGCUAUGUGAUUGAAGUAUAGAAAGACCGCCUAUAUUGUUGGCUUUUACCACUGUAAGGUUCCUGAUGUUUGUAGCCAUCAGCUCCCAGACAUCUAGUUCUCAGGCUUAUGGUAAAGAGUGGUAUUUGGCCCGACCACUCUGUGUGAAGAUUUGGGUGGAUAGAUGGAAUUUUCUUUGGGGUUCUAUCCUGCCAUAUUGUCUGAAAUGUUUUUUUUUAAACCAAAUAAAUUGCUUUUUAAAAAAUCA